AUGGCUGCCAUGUGGUCUCCAAUCAUCGCUCUCCUCCUGCUCCUGCUCCCACUCGUGCCAUCCUCCUCCUCCGUCAUCACCCUCCCGCUCCAUGGCAACGUCUACCCUGUCGGCCACUACUAUGUAACGAUGAAGAUUGGUAAACAUCCGAAGCCCUACUUCCUGGACAUCGACACCGGCAGCAACCUCACCUGGCUGGAGUGUCACCACCAGCAACUCGGCUGCCAGCACUGCACCCGGCAUCUAAAACACCCACAUUACUCGCCACAACUUAGCAACUUGAAGAUGGAAUGUCAACACAAGUACUGUGAUGCACUACGGAAAGACCUGGCAGGUAAUAACCCUCAAUGCCCACAUCAGAAGCCACAUCAAUGCCACUACCAAAUUCAAUACCUUGAUGGGACGACAGACGGUGUCAUCUCCAUUGACACGAUCUCUCUCAGGGGAAAUGAAAAAUCCAGUUUCAUUGCCUUCGGAUGUGGAUACAACCAGCUACCACAGAAAGAAACAUCGCCCGUAGAUGGCAUCCUUGGUCUUGGGAUGGGAACGGUAGGUUUUGUCCCACAACUCAUGCUGAACAAGAUGAUCACCAAGAACAUCAUUGGGCAUUGCCUUGGCAAGGAUGGAGGGGGCUACCUCUCCUUUGGGGAGCAGUUUGACCUGGAACGCAUAACCUGGGCACCCAUGAGAAAAUACGAACUUUUCUACUCACCUGGUCAAGCAACACUACACCUGAAUGGACAGCAGAUAUACAAGCAUGGAGUGAAUGCUGUCUUUGACAGUGGUACCUGCUACACCUACAUACCUGCCCGGAUAUACAAUCCCUUUGUUCAUACGGUGCAAGAUAUGAUCGGCAGUUCACAUAGGGAGGUGCAUGAUGAUGACCUGCCACAGUGCUGGAAAUUCAAAUCUAUUGACGAGGUUAAGAGGUUGUUCAAGCCACUUUCAUUGCAGUUUCACAACAAAAUUGCCAUGCAUAUCCCUGCUAUGAACUACCUCAUCCACACGAGAAGCAAUAAUUGGUGCUUGGCCAUCCUCAACGGAACGCAGAUCCCUGAUGGAGACCGACGGAUCUUAAUUGGAGACGCUACAAUGCGGGAUAUGCUUGUGAUAUACGACAAUCAGCAUGGUAUGCUGGGAUGGGUUAACAACCAACAGUGCACCAGGCCUCAUCCUGCUUCGCGUCUCUGAGUCGUCAACGCCUGUAGCUGGCUGCGACCAAGCAUGGGCCGGCUACCUCUAGAUGGGCACGGGCUGCUCCACGCACGGACGGCAAGCACGGCGACCAUGGCCAAGGUGCUAUGGCCCCUCUUUUCUUCCGCAUUCCCCUCUCCCUCUCCCCCUGCUCGAUUCCGCAGAUUUGGUUGACUAACUGUUCAUGGUACGAACUGCAACCUAUAUGUGCAUCUCCGAACUAAUACAUGUCUGACAUUCACAUAUUUGAAAAUCUCCUAUAGGAGGAGGGCAUGAUGUGGGAUUUGAGGGAGCGUAUGAAGAGCAAAAUGAUGAAAAUCUUCUAAAUUUUUUCUGAUGCUUAAACUUGGACCUUGUUCAUGCAUUUACUUUUCAAUAUGAGGGCUUCCAAGGAUGAAGAGGUGGAUAAAUUAGUUGCUUUAGUUACUACAUACUGUAUUUGAUAGCCUGUUCCAGCUUGCUUCACAGCCAAGCCCUACACAUAGAAAAGCUAUCGUCAUAUGAUUUUCUUCACAUGCAUGUUUGUAAAGUUUACCAACAUUAGGUAGGAGAUUGUUUUCUUUUUUCCUAUUUAGGGCCCACGUUUUUUUUCGGGCAGCUAGCCCUUGAAUUCUUAGUAACGACUUAUACGACCCUGUCUCUGUAGUAACCACAUCCUGGCCGCUGCAGCCGCUAAUUUUUUGGUAAUGCAAUUUUUGGUCGACUCUUACAGGCCUAGGAAAGGCCGAAACUAGGAGUUCAUCAUGGUUUAAUGAAUAUAUACAUAUUGAAUUCAUUUCUGUUGUUUCAUUCCUGUGUAGUAGUGGAGUUUUCUUGAUUAGUAUAAAAAGAUAUAGACACUGUUUAUUGUCCAUGUGGGUCAUAGCGCUGUAAGAUUUUUCCGUUUUUCAUCUAAUAAUAGUUACUAGAUUUAUAUUCUAGACGACGACAUGUGCUUAACUGCCUGUGAAUGGAAAUGGACUGUGGAGUUCAUUGGUGCAUCUCGAUUACUUCUACAGCAUACUUAGCUGUUCAUUAAUGAGAUCUUCAAAUGUUCACUUGAUGCAUUCUGAAUAUCUGAUUGAGUAGUUCAUUUUUUGUGAGAAGAUUGAGUAGUUCACUGGCUGAACCCUUGCACUCAUUGAUAGAAAAGUUCAGUCUGUGAAAUGUGUCUGACAAAAAAUGCAGUCUGACAGGUCUCUGCUAUGUAAGCUGGAAGCUGGCAUCUUAAUGUUUGUUAUCCCCAUCCUUCUUGGACACCUGGUAAACUAGAUACCUGAGAUUUAGCACCGUACCUCAAGCAUACCAAGACAGGAUGGUGGAUGCAAAGAUUCACCUAUAUAUCUCUUGCAUUUGCUUCCUGAACUUAUGGAGUAUGCUUUAAUGGACAAUGGUGCAAAAUUGGGCUUCUGAAGAGUGUGGAUGGCACUCUUCACCAUGAUCGCCGCAGGGAAAUUCAAGCAGUAUUAUUUAAUUGGGCCUCUUAGGAGUGUGGAUAGUUCAAAAUCCGUUGUUCUCUUCAUAAUUUAAGCUUACAAAAGUGCAUUCUUUGUCAUGUUAUUCCUUAUUAUUAUUAUUAUUAUUAUUAUUAUUCAACUAACAAAAGUUUCAGACUUUGAGUUCUUCUUAGUUUUCAGAUUGUUCUCUCUUACAUUUUUUUUUGACGAAUUGUUCUCUCUUACAUUAUCUAAUGCAUGUCUUUUUUAUUACCUUCAAUCUCGAUAAAGGAAACUCAUGGGUGAAUCGUCAGUACAUUUUAGAUUGCUGACCCAACCUUCUCCUCUCGGAUCCAUGCUCUUGGAUACAUGAGUACUGAUGUUUGGACCACCUAUUAAAGAUUUAGGUGAUGUGUUAAGGUAUGCUUUGUCCACACACCAGAAAACUGGGGAUGUCACCGAAAAUCUCAAGGUUAGUAGUAUCAGCACCUUGGAUUCAGUUGAAUGAUUCGAGCUUUCAAGCUGGUAGCAGAGAUCUAAAUUUUCUUAGAAAAGUAGAAAACAACUAUAUGUUUUCUCAUGUUUAGGUAUUCUGCUUUGCUAAUUUUCGAGUUGCCUGGUUUUUGCUGGUCUAGAAUCCUAAUAGUUUUAACCCUUUGCUAAUUGUAGAAUUAUAUGUUAAGAAGCAGAGUUAUGCGAGCACCAUUGGUUUGUGCAAGCGUUGCCGCCUCAACCGGCCGGUCCAAGCUCCAACCCACCAGCAAGACGUUAUGGUUUCGUUUGACUCCUGCACCAAGAGGCCGGAUGAAACCCACCACCAACACAACGCUGUUUCACCUGUCGAGCCCAUUUUUAAUUGCCGCAGAUCUGACCAGGUACCAUGAUUUCUCUCCUCUAUAAGCAUCACCUCUUUCAAACUUACCAAAUCCGCAUAUUUAGUUCCACAGAUCUAAUUCAUACUGCACACUUUUGAAGUAUCCUAUACAGUGUGUAUGUAAAUGAGGCUAGAGGUAUAUAUCCUACCGUGAACUAAGAAUCUAUGGUAAAAAUACAUGCUCAUGGUACUGCAGGUUCUUGUAGUCUACUUGAAAUGUUUGUCAUAAUCUGAUUUCGUUUCGAAUGUUUAUGUGUUGCUUUUCUCCAAUUCCUCAACUGGUAUUGUACGAUUAGUUCAAGAAUCAUCUCAUGAACAUAAUAGCAGCACCAGUAAGAUGUGCUUGAGAGGUUCUUACAACCCCUGUACACCAGCUACUUUUUUAUUUUUAUUGGGUAAUGGACAAAACUUUGGCCAGCUGAUGUUUGUAACCAGUUAAUUUGUUGGGUACUUUACAUGGCAUUUUUCUAUUAAUAUAUGUUCUUGUUGCAAUUUCUGAAACCAAGCUCAAAUAAUCUUAAAUGAGUGCAAGUUGGGAAAAUAUGAAGGAGAACCUGGGUACCAGCGCACCCUAUAUGCAAAAAAAAUAGUAAUUCAAAAAAAGUUUAAAAAAUUCCGAAUAUUUUUUGGUAUUAAACAUGAUCAAAUAUUGUAGUCAUACAAAAAGAUUGGUCAGAGAAUGACUUCCGUUGUAGCAAAAAAACGCUAUAUAUAAGUACUAUACAUGCUAUAUUAUCGUCAUAAACUUGUCUUUUUUGCCCUGAAGUUAAUGUGAAUCAUUUUUUGUCCAAACUGUUUAUAUGAGUACAAUACCUGAUCAUGUUUGAUUCCAAAAAAAGAUUUGGAAUUUUCUGAUUUUUUAAUUACUAUUUUUUUGGCACAUAUAGGGUGCGCGGGUACCCGAGAGCACCAAGUUCCCGUCCGUGCAAGUUGGUACUACUUUGUAGUUAGACUUUCCAUUCCAGCCACCUUAUAGUCUUAUUCUUUAUUGUCAUUGUCAUGCUGCAGUAAGACACAUAGAAUAAAAGGUUCAGUCAUCACGACUGAUAGUACAUUCAGUUGUUGAGGAUCUCGCAUGUUGUCCCAUUAAAAGGUUCAGUCAUCACGACUUUCUUCAAACGAUAUACCUGUAUAUGUUGUCUUAAAUGAACUACUAGGUUAGCUAUGAAUGGGCUUUCCAGUUGGUCAUGUACAUAUGGCUAGGCGGAUUAGCAUGUGAUUUCUGCUUUAGAUAGGAGCUGUAUUGUUGCCACAGAAGCUACACAGUGAAAUAUACAUUUUACUCACAUUGGAUGCUAUUUGUAGUACUUCAA